UCAGCCAUUGUGUCACAUGAGAGUGGGGCUGUAGGUCACCGCGGAGGGGAUUUCUGCGAUUAUAUUGGGAGAGGGUUGCGACAGCUGUCGCCACCAUGGUCUCUCGAUACUUUCAGAGACCGGAAAAUGUCAGGAAGCGAGCUCUGGAACUUCUGGAGGUGGGCAAGAAAGACCGAGCUCUCGAUGUCCUCUACGAGUUUAUCCGGCGCGGCCGCCAUAGGCAGCACAAUUUCUCCGAGAAGGAGUUGGAGCCCAUCAUGUUCAUGUACCUGGACCUCUGUGUGGAGUUGAAGAAGUCCCACAAUGCCAAGGAGGGUCUUUUCCAGUACAGGAACUUCUGCCAGAAUGUGAACGUGGCCUCUCUGGAGACGGUGGUGCGUGGCUACCUGCGCAACGCCGAGCAGAAGACCGAGGCGGCGCGCAAGGAGUCGCAGGACGCUGUGGAGGAGGUGGACGACCUGGAGAACCUCGUCAGCCCCGAGCAGCUGCUGCUGAGUGCGGUCAGCGGAGAGGACAAGCAGGACCGCUCGGACCGCACCAUUCUGACGCCCUGGGUCAAGUUUCUGUGGGAGUCGUACCGCCAGUGUCUGGAACUGCUCAAGACCAACUCGCGCGUCGAGUCGCUGUACCAUGACACGGCCCGCCAGGCGUUCCGGUUCUGUGUCAAGUACCAGCGUAAGACCGAGUUCCGCAAGCUGUGCGAGAUCCUGCGGAAGCAUCUGGACCAGCUGAAGCUGCACUCGUCGUCCAACACCAUCAGCCUCAACAAUGGAGAAACGCACGCCAAGAACAUGGAGACCUGGCUGGCUCAACUUGAUAAUGCCAUCACUAUGGAGCUGUGGCAGGAGGGCUACCGCGCCAUCUACGAGCUGCACAGCCUGAUGGCACGCUCCAAGACCAAACCCAAGGGACAGGUGAUGGCCAACUACCACAGCAAGCUGUCGCUUGUGUUCGCCAAGGCCGGCAACCUGCUCUUCCACGCUGCAUCGCUCCUCAAGCUCUUCCAGCUCUCCAAGGACCUCAAGAAGAACCUGUCCAGUGAUGAGCUGAAAAAGAUGGCGUCCCGCGUGCUGCUCGCCGUGCUCGCCGUGCCGCUGACGCCCGCCCACCUCGAGUACGACCGAUUCGUGGAGAUCGAGAAGAACGUGGUGGAGAAAACGGAGCGGCUGGCCAGCCUGCUCCGGAUGCCCAAGGCGCCCACUCGCGAGUCGCUCAUCAAGGAUCUGAGCCGCCACAGCGUGCUGCAGCACGUGGGCCCCGAGCUGAUGGAGCUCUACCAGGCGAUGGAGGUGACGUUCGAUCCGCUGAACGCAUGCCACAAGAUCAAGGCGUGCACGGACGCGCUGGCGGCCGACCCGGCCCAGGAGACGCUGGCCUGGUACAUCGAGCCGCUGCACCAGGUGGCCCAGCUGCGACUCAUCAAACAGGUGGCGCAGGUGUAUCAGACGAUCGAGUUCCGCCGACUGGUGGAGCUGUGCCCGUUCACCACCGAGUUCAAGCUGGAGCGCGUCGUGGUCGACGCCGUGCGCCGCAACGAGAUGCAGAUCCGCGUCGACCACCGCCUGCGCGCGCUGCACUUCGGCGCCGAGCUGAGCGAGUUCCAGCGCGAGGACGAGCUGGAGGGGCCGACCCUGCAGCAGAUGCCGAGCGAGCAGAUCCGCUGCCAGCUGAUGGCCAUGUGCUCGGUGCUGCACCGCGCCCGGCAGACGGUCGACCCGGACUACAAGAAGACGGAGCGCGCCGACCUGCGCGCGCUCAUCCACCGCAGCUACCACAUGUCCAAGAAGAAGGAGCAUGACCGCAUCCUGGCGCGCCAGGCCUUUAUCGAGGAGCACAAGGAGCGCAUGGAGACCAUCAGCAUCGAGAAGGAGGUGGAGGAGAAGGCGCGCCAGGAGGAGCUGGAACGCCAGCAGAUGGCCGAGGAGCAGCGCCGCCUGGAGCGCGAGGCUACCGAGCGCGAGCGCAAGCGGCGCGAGGACGAGAUCAAGCUCAUCAACGCCCGCCAGCUCAAGACCAAGAUCGCCCAGAUAAGCCUCACCAGCGUCGGUCAGAAGGUCAUCAGCAAGUUCAACGAGCAGGAGCUGAUGAGCAUGGACGCGGACGAGAUCAUGGCGCGCCAGGUAGAGGAGCUGGAGAAGGAGCGGCGCGAGCAGGCGCAGAAGCUGACCAAUCAGUGGCGUCGGCUGGACCAUCUCGAGCGCGCCAAACGGCUGGAGGAGAUACCGCUCGUCAAGGAGAAAUACCAGCAGCAGAAGGUGGAGAGCAGGGCGCUCUGGGACGAGCAGCAGAAGGACGUGGUCGCCAAGGCCAUCGAAGAGCACAACCAAGCUAUCAAGCACAAGGGCCGCAUGGCACGCAUGAAGGAAGACAAGGACAAGUUCGUGAGCAAGCUGAAUUCGGCCAGAAAGAGCGACUUCCAGGCGAAGCAGGAGGAAUUCAAGAAAAUGUUGGCGCACGUGCGGCGCGAGCGCCUCGAGCAGCGCAAGGAGCAGCGCAAGCAGGAGCGGCGCCAGCAGUGGCUGACGGAGCGCCAGGAGGAGGAGCAGCGGCGCCGCGACGAAGAGGCCAAGCGACAGCGUGAGGAGGCCGAGCGGCUGCAGGAGGAGAAGGAGGCGGCAGAGGCCGAGGAGUGCAGGAAGCGGAAGGAGCAGCUGGACGCCAUCUUCGCCCGACAGCAGGCCAAGGAGCGCGAGGUAGAGGAGAAACGCCUGCAGCGGCCGGUCGAGUCGGAUCAGCGCGGCGGCGGUUGGCGCGAGCGCGAGCAUGCGCGCGAGGAGAGCUGGCGGCCGCCGCGCCGCGACGACGGCGACGGCGGCGAAGGCGCUUGGCGCCGCGACGGACCGCGCCGCGACGACGGACCGCGCAGGGACGACGAGCCGCGCAGGGACGACGGACCGCGCAGGGACGACGGGCCACGCCGCGACGACGGACCGCGCAGGGACGACGGGCCACGCAGGGACGACGGGCCGCGCAGGGACGAUGGCGGAUGGAGACGUGGCGACGCACCGCGCAGGGACGACGGGCCACCGCGCAGAGACGAUGGAGGAUGGAGACGCGAUGACGGACCACGCAGAGACGACGGGCCGCCGCGCCGAGAUGACGGUGGAUGGAGACGUGACGACGGGCCGCGCCGCGACGAUGGACCACCGCGCAGGGACGACGGAGGAUGGAGACGCGACGACGGGCCGCGCAGGGACUUCGGCCCACGCAGGGACGACGGACCGCGCCGGGAUGACGGCGGAUGGAGACGCGAUGAUGGACCGCGCAGGGACGACGGACCGCGCAGAGACGAUGGAGGAUGGAGACGCGAUGAUGGACCACGCAGGGACGACGGACCACCGCGCAGAGACGAUGGGGGAUGGAGACGCGACGACGGGCCGCGCAGGGACUUCGGCCCACGCAGGGACGACGGACCGCGCAGAGAUGAUGGACCGCGCAGAGACGACGGCGGGUGGAGGCGCGACGACGAACCCCGCAGGGACGACGGACCUCCGCGCCGGGACGACGGAGCGUGGAGACGGGAUGACCGCCCGGCGCGCAGGGACGACGGACCUCCGCGCAGGGAUGAGGGCAGCGCCUGGCGCCGGGACGGUCCGCCGCGCCGCGAGGAUCCGCCGCCGCCGCCGCGCGUCGAGAAGACGCUGCCUGCCGCGCCGCCGCCUGCCAACGCUUGGCGCCGGCGCGAGGAGCAGCGGGAGCAGCCCAGGAAAGAGGCGCCGCCGCCGCCCAAGCCGGCCCAGAGCGAGCCGGAGGAGGAUGGCUGGACGAAAGCCCGCCGCUAAGGGAUGUUCGAGGCCUGCCCCAGCGUCGCGGGUCGGGAACUGGCCAUGCUCGUUUCGGCGUCGGUGAACUCUCAUGUAUAUUGGCUUCUAGUAUGUACCGCUGCGGUGUAGGCUUUCCCCAAACUGAGUCACCAGUCCUGGCAUGUUGAUCCUAACAAUUUUGUGGGUGUUGAAAGUAAUUGGUUUUGGCGCGAUGCAUCUGUACGGAGAUUUCAAGCAGAAUAUAGGGAGAGGUUUUCCGUUGCAUUUUUACGCUCCAGGCUUGGAUAAACUGCUACUGCUUGUAUCCCGCGCCCCUUCAGCAAAUAAAGCACCAUUAAAACA